AUGACAAUAACUCCUCCUCCUUCUGAUACUGAGGUUUCUGCACUUGACAAAAAAAAUCUGGGGCGUAUCACACAAAUAAUCGGUCCGGUACUCGAUGUAGUUUUUCCACCAGGGAAGAUGCCUUAUAUUUACAACGCUCUGAUAGUUCAAGGUCGAGAUACGGUUGGCCAACAAAUUAACGUAACGUGUGAAGUACAACAAUUAUUAGGAAAUAAUAGAAUUAGAGCUGUAGCUAUGAGUGCUACAGAUGGUCUAAAUAGAGGAAUGGAAGUGAUUGACACGGGAGUUGCUCUAAGUGUUCCAGUCGGUGGAGCAACCCUAGGUCGAAUUUUCAACGUGCUUGGAGAGCCUAUUGAUAAUUUGGGUCCUGUAGAUACUCGCACAACAUCUCCUAUUCAUAGAUCUGCGCCUGCCUUUAUACAGUUAGAUACACAAUUAUCCAUUUUUGAAACAGGAAUUAAAGUAGUCGAUCUUUUAGCUCCUUAUCGCCGUGGCGAAAAAAUAGGACUUUUCGGUGGAGCUGGGGUAGGUGAGCGUACUCGUGAGGGAAAUGAUCUUUAUAUGGAAAUGAAAGAAUCCGGAGUAAUUAAUGAAAAAAAUAUUGCGGAAUCAAAAGUAGCUCUAGUCUACGGUCAAAUGAAUGAACCGCCCGGAGCUCGUAUGAGAGUUGGUUUAACUGCCCUAACUAUGGCAGAAUAUUUCCGAGAUGUCAAUGAGCAGGACGUCCUUCUAUUUAUCGACAAUAUCUUCCGUUUUGUCCAAGCCGGAUCCGAAGUAUCCGCCUUAUUGGGCCGAAUGCCUUCCGCUGUGGGUUAUCAACCCACCCUGGGUACUGAAAUGGGUACUUUACAAGAAAGAAUUACUUCUACCAAAGAAGGGUCUAUAACUUCUAUUCAAGCAGUUUAUGUACCUGCAGACGAUUUGACUGAUCCUGCUCCUGCCACGACAUUUGCACAUUUGGAUGCAACUACUGUACUAUCAAGAGGAUUAGCUGCCAAAGGUAUCUAUCCAGCAGUAGAUCCUUUAGAUUCAACGUCAACCAUGCUCCAACCUCGCAUCGUCGGUGAAGAACAUUAUGAAACUGCGCAAAGAGUGAAACAAACGUUACAACGUUACAAAGAACUUCAGGACAUUAUAGCUAUUCUUGGGUUGGACGAAUUAUCCGAAGAGGAUCGCUUAACCGUAGCAAGAGCACGAAAAAUUGAACGUUUCUUAUCACAACCUUUUUUCGUAGCAGAAGUAUUUACCGGUUCCCCAGGGAAAUAUGUUGGUCUAGCAGAAACAAUUCGAGGAUUUAAAUUGAUUCUUUCUGGAGAAUUAGAUAGUCUUCCUGAACAAUCCUUUUAUUUGGUGGGUAAUAUCGAUGAAGCUACUACGAAGGCUACGAACUUAACAUAG